GUUACCCACCAUCCCUGGCUGCGGCACGAUGGAGGAGGGAGGCUGAAUGAGCCAAUUCCGCUGCGGUGCAUCAGAGACGGCGCAUUUCUCUCCGGUCGUGGAUGCACGCGGACAGCUCAAAGAGGUGGCAACCCCCACUCCCAGCGCUUGCGGCUCUUGCGAAGGGAGGCUGCGCAUAAAUCCGUCCUACCUCCCUGCCCGUGGAUGCCCUUUCGGCUGCCCCCUUGGGAUGGAGGCUCCUGCUGGAAUGACCUCGGAGGACUACGCAGAGCAACACGUAGAGUUGCAAAGACUUCAAAUAUAUUUGGAAACGAAACAUCAUCAGGAAGACAAGGAGAUGGCAAACAUAAAAUUCAUUUCCAAAGAUAUGAAGUCGCCCUCUCAACCCCACAUUCUUGCAGGAAACAACUUGGCGCUGAUGGAAAACAAACUCAUGCCAAUGCACUCUCUUGGGUCUCCGGGCCACGAGAUGGAUGCGAAGGCUUGCACGAGUAGGCAAAUACGAGGAGAGCCUGGCAUUGAUUUCAGAGCCGUGUGUGGCACGGACAAUGCUCACGGCCUAAUGGACGGCACUUCAGAGCCAGUCGAUCUGUUAGCUGCCAACUUGGAAGGAAACUUGCUGGGCUUGGCAGAUUUCGCUUGGCACACCUCAAACACGAACGCAACCCCGAGCAGUGGGGUCGGCGCCAACGCUGAUGAAUCCGUGGACGGGCUCCACCUGGUCAAGGAGGACGCGGGUCUCGGCGGUCUGAACGAUGGUGCGGGCGACACCAGCUGCUACGAGCGGCCACCGCCCGUGUCGAAGUCCGGGGCCGACUGGCGCGCCGUGCUGAGUCUGCCCGCGCUGGAGGGGUGGCUGCGGGACGCGGCUGGCAGGGUGAGGGCCCUGGCGGACUUCAUGGGGAGCGACGCGCGGCGAGCCACGCACCACGUGGACGCGUGCCUCAUUCAGCUGAAGGAGAUUUGCGAGGAGAUCUGGGAGCACGUGGAGGUGAUCCACGCGCUCCAGGAGGCCGAGUUCCCGCUGCGGCUGCUCGCCGUCUCCGUGCAGGUGCUGCUCGACAUCCAGGCCGUGCACCUACUGUGGCACCGGUUGCGCGUCUCCACGCUGCUGCUGCGUGAGCGCGUGCUGCGCGGCCUGCAGCUCCGCGCCACCACUGCGCACGUCCCCACCGUCACGGCCGCUGCCGACAUGCGUGGCGACGGUGCCCACGAGCAGGAGCAGGAGGAGCAGGAGGAGCAGCGGGAGGAGGAGGAGGAGGACGAAGUGCACCGGAACUGCAUGGGCAUCGUCAUGGACGACGAUGAGGAGGAAGAGGAGGAGGAGGAAGAGGAGGAGCAGAGCGAGACGCAGCUGCUGAUUCGCCGCCCGGCCGACUACUUCUCGCUGGACUGCGGCAUCACGGCCUCCGAGCUCUCGGCCUACAGCCCCCGGGAGGAUGAUCCGCCCUCCCCGCCGUCGCUGGCGCUGCCGCCGGGCACGGGCGGAGCCGGGAGCGCCACCCCGACGCGGCCGACGGACGCCGCCCCGGAGGGACGGUCGCGUCCCCUUGAUGUGGCGACCCCUUCUCUGUUCGAUGAGGCGAAAGACGCCGGCGCGGGUUCGGAGCAAGUCAGGGACUCGGACAGCGACUCUGAUUCGUUGCCGCCGAGAAAUACACGGGGCAGCGUCUGUGCUGGGAUGAAUGCGGCUGAUGCUUCCUACCUUAAGAUGUCAUUUUUUGGGUCGGUUAGCGGUGUCCAACAAUCAUUCGUGGAUGUGUGUGGAAAUGCGAGCAUGGGUGCCGUUGGCGGAGACGAGAGUCGCAGCGAAAGCGAUAUUUCCUUGGAUGAAGAUGAAGACGGAUCACACGAUGCGACGUAUCAGGGGGCUGGCGUGGAAGCAUCGGGGGAAAUCGGUUAUAGCGUUGCUUUGGGCAGAGCGCCGAGCGGAGGAAGCGUGGGCAUGACCAACAAGCAGUGGAACGACACUCGGGACAGCAUCACCACAUUCAACACGGCGCUGAAUGCUGCCUCCUCGGUGGCUUUUCUUGGACGCCCGACGCAGAUACAUUUGAACCUGAGAAACGUAAACGCUGGCGAAGUGGACAAUCGCGCGGACGGGUCGGCGUAUGUCAAUGCGACGGAAGGAUCGUCCCGCCCGGGCACGAAUCGGCGUCCGAGGGACGAUUCCGCCGCUGCCCAGGGCCGAGCUUGCGAGUAUUUCCAGGCCUCCUCACGCCCCAAGGCAGACGAUGACGACGACGAGGAUGUCGCUCGCGGGAGGAGCGGACGCCCAUCUCGGCGCGGACCCAGCGACGACGGGCGCGCGGAGAGAGUGAGCAACCGCCGGCACUUCAACCCGCAGAGCCCUCCACGCUCGUCGGCACCGGCGGCCUCCGAGUCUCAGUACUGCGUCGUCGGGAACGCCGCACAGGCACCGGAUGCUCGGAGCCGGAGGGACGACGCCUACCUGGCCCUCGCCAGCAGCGACGCCGCGCCUACGAUCGAUCCUCUGCCCAUCGACUUCGGCUCGAACAACGUGGCCGCGACGGCCAGAGACGACGUCUCCCCGAGCGGCGAGUCCCAGGAGUACAUGGCCUUGCCGUCGCUGCUGCUGCUGCGGGAGCCCGGCUUCCUCUCGCUGAAGCUCGAUGGCUUGGACACGCUGCUGCGCCGCGGCACGACGGGCGCCAGGGUGUGCGACGUCAGCGACUGGGAGCUGUCGGGCACGUCCUCCGGCGUCGCGUCCCCGCACGCCUUCAGCCCCGUGAGCGAGCCCUGGGAUGGCGACAGCAGUGAGGGCAAGGCCUCCGGCAGGAGCGGCGGGGGCACCUCGUCACCCGCGUUCCCCGCGGGAUCGCCCGGCUCCAGCGGCGCCUUCCUGUCCGACGCGGGCUCGCGCGACUCCGGGGCGAGCUCGCCCGACGGGUGGCAGGCUGAAACCGGCUGGUGGGAGAUGGACGACGCGAGGGCGGACGAGGGGAAGGGCGGCGGCGGUGGCCGCUCCCUCGACAAGACCUUUGGCUCGGCCACAUCCGACGAGUCGUUCCUUUUCGAGUCGGACUUUUCGGACUCGCCGGGCCCCGCGGAGGGGGAGGAGGACACGGCGUGCGGGCCCCGCUGGGUGGCGGAGAGCGGCCUGGACGAUGCCGCGUGCUGCAGCAUCCCCUCGCUGAGGCAGGAGCUGCACAGGUGCCUCAAGUGUCGAGGAGACGGCAGGCAGAUGGAAGAGAAGAUUGAGAGCUUCGUGGAGAGGCUGCUGGAGCUGACUUCGUGGCUGCAGCAGGCGGAGGAGCAGGCGGAGAGCAUGGGCCCUCCACGUCCCGACACCCAGAGCCUCAAGCUGUACCUGCACAACCACCUGAGUUUUAAGAUGAGCAUGGAGAGCCGUUGCGCGAUGAAGGAUGAAGUGGUGGAAGAAGGAAAGCAGUUUUUGGAUUUGCUCGGGGCGAGGCUGUCUGGUCUGCCAGGGCUGCUGGGCUGGCUCGAGGCCGCGUGGACGUCGCUCCAGGCCCACAUCUGCCGGCAGCACCGCUGGCUCCUGGCCGCCCUGGACGUGGCCAAGGCCGGGAUCCUGGCGUCGCACCAGGCCCGCCCGCACGCCACGGGGCACGCCCAGCCGCAGGGCGAGGGUCAGCUGCUGGAUCUGGAGCUGGCGCGAGACACUGUGGAGCAUCUGUCCCUCCGACUGCACCACGAGCGCUACCUGGGCCACGCGCAGGGGGCGGCGCGGGCCGCGCGCUCCCUCUCGCUCGCCAGCGACGCUCGGCGCAACGACAGUUGCGAAGAGUUUGGUGCCAACUGCCUGGAGUUGUGGGAUUGGCUCUGCGAUGUGGAGGCGGUGAUGUCGGAGGACAACGACUUGAUGAUGUCAGAGGAGCACUGGCACCAGCUGUCUAAGGUUUACCGUGUGGAGCUCACCAUGUGGCUGCCCAAGAAGAGGCAGAUCUUCACCCAGGGGCAGGAGCUUGUGAGCCUCAACCAGACGCUCACGACGGAUACCGUGCGCUUCAAGCUGGAGCAGCUGGACGCCAAGUGGAACUCGGUCGAGAGUUUCCUGGCGGCGGCGUGCGGGGAGCCCGCGGAGCCGCCGGCGUGCGAGUCGCUGAGCCCCGCCGCGGCGCAGCUGGUGUGCCGCCUCGAGGGGCGCGUGCGCGAGCUCAAGGCCUGGCUGCGCGACGCCGAGAUGCUCGUGUUUGACGGGUGCGUCGAGCGGCGCGCGCCCACCGACCUCGACCGCCAGCUCGACCACUUCAAGUCCCUGUGCCACGAGAUACGGCGCCGGCGAGGAGGGGUGGCGGCCCUGGUGCGUCUGUGCCACCGGCUGCUGGAGGGGGUGGGCGGUGCCGGCGACGGUGGCGCCGGGGAGAGGGGGGCGGCCGGCGUUGGCCACCCGGGGGCGGACGGGCAGAACCUGCAGCUGGCCGCCGUGUCGCUGGAGCGACGCUGGGAGGCUGUCGUGCUGCAGGCCGUGCACUGGCAGUCGCGCCUCCAGCGCCGGCUCAACGCGGAGCAGGUGACCUUGAACUACGUGGACGCCUCCCAGUCCGACUUGUCGGUCUCUCCCGUGGAGGGUCUGGAAUGGGAUGAAACGGACCUGGGAAAUGAGCUCUCGGCUGCCCGCGCUGAGCAGCCACCUGCGGUCACCUCCUCCACGCCGAGUGACACCGGCAAACCUUCGGCCGUAGACACGUGGAGCAUGGGCCAGUCAUUCCUCCAGGCCGGCCACGAUUCCGGCUUCUCCCCCGGCUCCUGCCAGAGCCCCGGUCGCAUGGACGGAACGACUCGGCGAUUGGCGGCGGCGGCGGAGGAGUCGAGCAAAGGCGGCCGUGGUCGAUCCGCCGAGCCACGGCAGGCCGACGGUCAGGACUCGUUCUCGUCGACGGACUCGCUGCUCAACCUCCUGGACGGGCUGCUGCUGGCCGGGAGCGGCGGCGGAGGCGGCGGAGGUGGCGGCGGAGGCGGCGAGCGCUCGUGCGAGUGCGAGAGCGGCAUCGCCAGCGAGGGCGACGUGGCCACGACGUCGGACUCUGGGCUCCUCUCGGAGGUGCAGGACCUCGACGGCGACACGUCCUCCAGGGUGGAAGACGCGGCGCCGGCCUACAGGCCCGAUCCUUUCGCCAGGCUCCUCACCUUUGCGGGCUACGCCAGCUCGCUGUCGGAUGAGGAAUGCGACGAAUACCUGGACACGGGCAAGGAAACCGGGAGUAAUCCAGGUGCCAAAAGCCCGACGCAAGGGCACGAUGGUGAUUCUGAGCUCGAGAAGGCGCUAAUCUUCUAUGAUUACUCGUACCUGAAAGAGGACAGUCUGGAGAACGUCAUGGCUAUCUCCGACUUGCCUACAGUAGUUAUACAAGACGACAGCGCGCUUGAUUUAAGCAACAGAAACAAGACGUCUAAUAACGCACUGACGAGUACCAAUCCGUGCUAUUCUGAAGUUGCAGGGUAUGUGCACGAUCAUGAAAGCAAAGGCCAGCUGAGCCCAAUAUCAUCUUUUAUGGGGCAGCAUUCGAGUAACGUGUUCCAGAAAUUUGAACUGGGGAGAAUGUGCGCGGGAAAAGGUGAUCACUUUGAUACCAUGAUCCAGAGGGAGGACUUUGUGAACGUAGCCAGGAAAAGUCCUCGGAGCUUCACGUCAAGCUGUCUUACUGAAAGCAACAAAUCAGGAAGAAGUGCCUACUUGAAUGAAAGCAGCUUGCAGCUUCUUCAGGGGUCAGAGUUGUCACAAGCCGCAGUCCACAAACGUUCUGAUUUCAAGGAGAGUAACAGCUGCAACGAGGCAUCGUCAAGCACAGAGACCAAACCGAUGUCAGGGGUGAGAGGCCACAGUUGGGAGGACAACUCGCUCGUUGUCGAUGGCCUAGCGAACAGGCCGGCUAUCCCCCUCGAUGGGAAGGCUGACGAUGGACGGCAGAGCGGCUCCCUGCUGGACGAUGACGUCAACGUGAGCUUGAUCGUCAACACCUCCAGGGCGUCCGUGUGCUCGGACGACGAAGAGGACGACAUUGAUUUGCUGUCCAGCUCCAGCACCACGCUGAGCGGCGACAGCAACGAGCUGGAGAAAGACAGCUCCUCCAACUCCGAGGGCUGGUGCAUCGACUCGGACUUCAGUGACAGCUCUUCGCUGGAUGACGAGCUGAAGGAUCAAAAGUUUUACGUCACUCCCCCGUGGGAAAACAUCUCAAAGGGAAGGCCUCUGCUGCACAGCAGUAACCCCGUGUUACUGACGAGCAAGCUCUACUCGCGCUUUUCAGUAUCACCCCUGGCCACAACAGGAAACUUCUUUGGCUCGAGUUUUAGAGUGGAGCCUGGAAGCUUUCCGGCCGAUAGCGCUCGCGAAGGGCAAGUGGAUCCGCUCCUGGACGAUAUUAAAAAUGGCAACAUAAGCCAUGCCUAUGAAACGGUACAUGAAGCUGCACGUGCCGAAAGGUGGGACCGUGGAGAUCCCAGUAUUCACAACCAGACCUCUUUGAAAAUGCGGCAAGGGGCUUUCCAAAGUUUGGCUGACGCAUAUACUCCGUACAAUGAUAUGGACGCAAAGUAUGAGUACGCUGUUGGGCGUGAGAUCUUUAACAGGGGUGACAAUUACCCUCAGCUUCCUGAAAAUGUCAUCUCCCUGACUCGACAAAGGGAAUAUCCGAAUAGGCCGACGAGAAAUAACAGUGACGCGGUGAACUCCAACGGAGGUGACAGAGAGGCCAUUGAGCUCGGGAAUGAAUUGUCCUCAUUGCGUCACAGAGCCUCAGAGCAUCUCAACAAUCGCAAAUCGACGGAAUCCUCCAAUGGACUCGGAUUUCUUCUCAGAGACGACUCGGACUCGUCGCUCUCCGCACACACCGACGACGACAACGUCCGCGACGUUGACUGCGAGCCCAUCGCGCCGCCGCCCGAUCCCUGCAGGGCUUCCCGCUCUCUUCUUUCCUGGGACAAUGAAGAGGCUCGUACCAAAUUGCGCGCGACGGAGAAGCGCUCUUGGACUCGUCCCGUCCCCGGAAGAGGAGCAACGCUAAGCGUAAAGAGCAGCGGCAGGGAAGAGCAGUGUGUAGUAUCCAAGCUUCUGGAAAGCCAGGCCUGUGUCAGAACAUCUGAAUUGCGGGAACAGGUUAUGGGUGUUCACAGCUACGUGAAUGGAGUUAUAGAAGCAGCCAUUACCCACAUUAAGGAAUCUGAGACGACCGCCCCCUCCUUCUCUCCGUCUUUCGACGUUGAAAUUACCCGCCACAAGGAAAAGGUUCAUUUGCGUGGGGAGUCGGUGUCGCGCUUCUCGCAAGAGACUGGGUGUAGGGAGCUUAGUAAUCACGGUGGGGCCACAGAAGGAGGAUGGCCCGCGAGGAACGUGAGUGGCGACAGUCUUUGCCGCCGCUCUGCUGUGGCCGGUGCUGAGGAGAGCUGUCCGGGCGGAAGCUGUCGGGAGAACGGGGAUGUCGCGCCGCAGGGAGGAGCCGCGGGAACGCGGCGGCGUCAUGACUCAACGAGAGCAGAGGUGGAGGCGGCGCUGUCAGGCCUGCGCCGCCAGGUGAUGACAGAUGAGCCUGCGGAUGCCGAUCAAGAAUACAAAACAUCGGCAGUGGAGUCGGUCCGCCCAUCACUGGACCGGCCAUCGCAUACGUUUCCAGCUGCUCAAAAUGAAAAGCUAUCCACGCCCACCUCGUCCCACCUCAAGCCCAAAACGUCUCGCAACGGGUGUCCCACAGACGCGCACGCAACCCCAGGCCGCCACAACUUCAUCGACCGCCCGGCUCCAGGCAGUGGAACGCUCUGCAAUCCGAGAUCCCCGCCGGAAAACUCGAACUCCCGGCCGCACAGCGAGGCCUCCGAUGGAGCGGGCUGGGACGUCAACCGCAACAGCGAGGAGCAGCAGGCGUGGGGUGGCGGUGCGGAGGCCACGCCGGGCACCGCCGCCCGGAACUCGCCGACGGCGAGGAAACGCCCCCAGAUGGGCACCAAGAGCCUGGGCGGAGGCGGCGGCGGCGGCGAGACGCUAACCUUGGCAGCCACGUCGUCGGCGUCACGGUCGCCACCCUCGCCAGUGAAGGAGCUUGCGUCGAUGGAAGCCGCGUGGGGCAAUCCGCCGGCUCAUGAGAAGAGACUCGCAGACGGUGGCGGAACCUGCGGCAGCUGCGUCCCGCGCCUCUGCGAGUGGACGGGGCCCAUCCCUCCCGUACGCGCCGGCUGGAAGGCGCCGUCCGUGCGUCUGCCAUGGAAGGGGCCCUUGGAACACAAACCGUUGCCCGGUUCGCCAGCCCAGAUGUCAAUAGCAGCAAAGCAAGAUCAGAAUCAAAGAAAUGAAACGUCGGGACGUCUCUGUGGCUUCCCCAAAGACGUGAUUCCUUCCCGCGCAACUGGCGAGGGCGGUUUCAAGAAGGUGUCGACGGUGAGCGAAGGUUUGGUUGACGAAAGUCGCAAGGAGUUCCAAGAGAGUUUACGCGGUGUGAGAAGAAGAGCAGCUGACGAGGGGCUUGUAAGUGGAGCGGAAUCGAGGAAGGGAAAUCUGAAAGUUGCCGGUGGUGAUUUGAACGUGCGCAGCAGAAACCCGCAGGUGCAGAAUAGGAUGGCGAAGGCCGUUGAAAGGCCCGUAAGAAAAAUGGUAAAGCGAGAUGAACAAUAUCAACACGUUGUUGAGAAGAAGAGGGAAGUUGUGCCGAAGGGCAGCGGUGUGAGCGCGAGUCUCGUGGAAGAGCAGAAGAAUUUUAAGAACAGCAGUGGUGGCAGCGGCGGCGGCAUUCCGCUUACGAUCAAAGGCGGAAUGAACUUUGCCGGUGACGGUGACGCCGACAUUGACGACAUCUCCAAGGUGGUGGCGAGCCACGCGGGGCGCGUGUGGAACGUCGGCUGCCUCAUCUGGCUGAUGCUUUUGCUUGUGCUGUGGUUGGUGGCCGUCGGUCCCAGCUUCAUCGCGCCCAGCAACUGCAUGCGGUCGCGAUCAUCCCUCGCCUCCAUGGGGAUCACGCUGAGCUACCCGUGGGGGUCCCCACCCAUCUAGGGGAUUGGGGGUGCUGGGGGUGGUGGGGCAGCGGCGGUGGCACGACCCGCACACUAUCAGUUUCGCUUAAAGCCGGGGGUGCGUAAUCCUGCCUGUUGAUUGGUCGUACUUGGCGAGCUUGUAAGAGGAUGGCGUUAGCAGGACGAGGAUUCGGUUUUUAGUGUUUGCCGUUGGUGAGCUUAGUAUGGUGUAAUUGUUAUUUUAAGGACCGGCACAAUUGUUGCCGGUGGAGGAGUGAUAUUAAUAAUCGACAAAGGGAGGGAGUUUAGGGAAUUUAAUGUUACGUACACGCUUUUUAAACAAUAGCAGGAAAGUUACGGGUUAUUGUUUAUAUUUGUAUGGUUAAUUUUAAUGGCUCCCUUGUUAAAAGAAACAUUCUUAUUGGGCAGGAAUACGUCCUGUAAAAAUAUAUAUUUUAAGUUAUGGUCAAACAGCACCUCCCAUAUAUAAUAUGAGAAAAUUAGCAAAGGGGUAGAUUAUGAAACUUGCGGUUUAAAGUUAUAAUUUUUAAUUGUGAUGAGGGAUGAUAAAGUUAAAACUAUAGAUUUGUGUCACGGUAAUCUUCAAAGCAAGAGCAUCUUGAACAGACGUGAAGAAUAACCAGCUAUCGAUUAUAAGCACAAACGUGUCAUCGUUUAAGAAUUUAAACAGUACAGUAAACAGCUACGCAAUAUAAUAGUACCGUUAAGUUCUAUAACAGCCGUUCAAAACACCCAUAUUCUUCGUUAUGAAGUUUUUUGGGUUAGCGUCAAUGUAAACGUGUCGUAAAUCCACCUCCACCUGACAUAACCAAUGAGUAUGAACUUUUCAGUUUCAUUUAUUAGGUAUAUUUCAUUUAUUAUGUAUUAAUGAAACUUGACGUUUCACUGGCAAUUACAGCAACCAGGUUCAUCAGGUUAUUGCCAGACAAUAGCAGGCAAUUCUCAAAUUGUAAAUGUUGUGGGUUUACUCUCCAACACACCGGUGUGCUGAAGUUGUAACUAAUUGGUAUGUUUAGUUCACGUGAUAAACAUUACUAAUUGGCUGUGUCGGUGGGUUUAUGACAUAUUUACAUUUAAGCUAUCUAACCCACAAAACGUUAUCAUCUAUAAUAUUGGAUGUGAAAGCCUACGUUUUAAUACGACCCAUAUUCUUGCCAAAUGUGCAAUCGUUUGUGGCAGUACAAUAUAAUAUGACAGCUUGGGGGGCAUUCUGAAUACAGCAUAAGGUAAGUGCAGCUUGUUUAUGUAUUUUCUAUUACAGUAUUUUGUUUCUGUGUUUUUUCAACGCUUAGAUUGUUGCUGCUGUCGUCCGUGCGUGUGUUGUGGGUAUUUGCCACUGAAUCUCAAUCUCAGCGCCUGUCACCGUAGCGGUCGAAAUUCAUGUGGUGGCAACACGAGUGAUCGACUCAUUGGAAAUUGAACGGGAGAAGUCAUUGGUGCACCCGAGACGAAAAUGUUAAUUUCACUGGUAGAAAUGUAACAAUUUAGGAUUGUCGGGAUAUUGUGAACAAUUUUGAACUGGAGGUUUUGAAAUUAUCUCCAACCUCUUCAUGCGCACACAUACGCCCUCCACCUACCGUGCUGUGUGUCAAGCGAACUUGAAUUUCCGUAAACUGUCAGAGUUACACCCCUCUUGUAGGAACCAUCUGACCUACCGUCGCUUGCAUUGCAGAGUGGACAGGGUGUUGCCAUUGGUUGGGUUGGCUCCUGGAGGCCAGACCAGAUGCUCUCACUUUGUCGGUGCCACCUGAGGGGGCAUGGAGCUUUAGCGGUUCCAAUUUCUUUGCGUGGCCAAUAGCAGUGAUUUUUUUUUUGUGAACACCACUUGAAAUGAGUGGGGUUAUCGAGGUAAUCCACUUCUAUUGGCCGUAUUAAUGGGCUACUACCUCUGAGGUGGUACCAACUUCUUCUCUGGCUCACGGAAUAGUAGUCAAGUGAGGUUUGACCAAAGUGUAAUGCUUUCUACGUUAGUGCAAUAAUACAUUAAUGCUUCAUUUCAUUAUGUGUGCUCAUCAUGAACCUUUAACGUUCUUUCACCUGGCUGUAUUCACAAAGUAUUACCGAAGCACUUUUCAGUUUUUUCCGUGUAUUUUAUAAAGUUAAUUUGUUUAACACUAUGUUUAUUUUUAAUCGGAUUGUUUUAGGACAUUAAGGUAAAACGUACUAUAACUGAACUUGAUAAGUUGUGCUUUUUUGGUUUUGUGUGUACUGUAUAUAAUCAGUAAUGAGUUGAUCGUCAAUGUUAACAAUAUUUUGACGUCAUGUAUAUAUCUAAUCAGAGCUACACAGAUAACAGAACUACAAGGGAAAUGAAAACAGCAGUAAGAAAGACUGCUAUAUUCCCAAAUAUUUGGAAAUACAGUACGGCACCGUGCUCUUACGGUGUUAAAGGUCCCCAUUUAGUCUGCAAGCCCAGGCCAAGUAUUCUACUUGUAGGUACCACAUGAGUUGGCAAACUACAGCAGUUCCAUUUUCUUCAAAUGGCCAACGAGAGUGAAUUAUGUGAUACCCAUUAAUGAGUAAGUUAUCAAGUAAUUCACUCAUAAUAUCCGUAUUAAACUAAACUGAAUUAUUAAAAUUUUACCAGGUAAGGCCCACUGAUCUAUACAGUUCUUCAAAAGCGGCCUAUCCGCAAAUGACAGCUCAACAAAGUCGCUUAUCAUGUAUACUCUAAACGCAUGUUUCUAAAUGUGGACGGAAAAGCCGUAGGACCCGGAGAAAAAAAAUCCACAUAAGGCAUCAGGGUCGGGAUCAAACCUACGACCUCCUGUAUAGCAGGUGAGAUAGUUAACAUCUCUCCACCGAAUUAGAGAUUUGCUACCUAAUGUUUGGUGCAUGGACUUAAUUGUACCGGAUAAUGUUGCUAAUGGGUUGCUAUGGACUUGCACCAUUGAGCGUGGUUUAAUGCGUCACUCCUCUAAUCGUAACUAUAACCUGAACAUGUUUCCAAAGCUGCCUCCUCUCUGGUCGUCUGGCAAAUAGGAAUGUACACGAUUUGGAUCUGUUGUCACCGCCAGUGUCGAGCAGAGUUGCGUCUGCCCUUUCCCAAGAGAAGCGAUGCCUAAAAUGUCAACAGACUCGUGAUUGAUGGCCCGGGUGAGGGGGAGUGUGCCACGUGCAGUACAGUGAGAGCCUCUGCGGGAUGGGGCAGAGGUCGCAAACGGGUUUUGAUUCCUUAUAUACUCUUAGUUCUUUCGGUAAAGUCACGUAGGUAAAAAAUGAAAUUAAAAUUAAUAAAAAUAAAACAAUAAAAAUCACGAAGUUUUGGAGGCAACACAAGCUUUCGUCUUCAGGUUUUUUUUUAUUAAUUUUAAUUUCAUUUUUUACCUACGUGACAUUACCGAAAGAACUAAGAGUAUGAAUCCUUGCAGUCACGAAAGCUUCAAAUCUAGAAUUUGAUUCCUUACCCGUACCCGGCCGCACCAGGGUCGCAGAUGGCUACCCGUACCCGGCCGGGUACGGGUAGCCGAGUAUCGGAUAGGGUACGGGUAUCGGGUACCCGGUUGCGACCUCUGGGAUGGGGUGAGCGUUGGAGCGGCAAGCUGGGGUCAACGUGGGACCCGGCCCUACUCGGGGACUACCAGGGGUGCUGACCCUGCCCGUCUGUGAUCUGUCUCUCUCUGUAUUUCUGUCUUUGCAUUUGUCUCUGUGUGUCUGUCUCUCUGUGCUUCUGUGUCUAUCUAUGUGUGUGUGUGUGUUUCUGGGUCUGUCUGUGUCUCUUUGUCUCUCCCCAUCUUUGGUUUUCCGUCUCUGUCUGUGUGUGAGUGUCUAUGUAUGUCCUCGUAUCUGCGUCUUUCUAUCUCUCACUGUCUCUUUCUGUCUCUGUGUCAAUGUAUGUCUGCGUAUUUCUCUGCAAUUGUAUAGCUGCAUGUGUUUGUUUCUGUGUCUCUAUGCUUAUCUCUGUGUCUCUCAUGUUGUCUCUUUUUGUAUGUGUCUCGGUUGUCUAUAUUUUUCUGACUCUGUGUGUGUCUAUCUCUCUGUAUGUUUUGUGUCUUUGCGGCUGUCUCCGUGUCUACGUAUUUCUGUAUUUCGCUGUGUCUAUCUGUGUCUUUAUGUAUGUGUGUUUGUAUGUGUCUCACUGUGUUUUUCUUUGUGUAUGUCUGUCUCUCUCUGUAUCUCUGUGUAUAUCUCUGUGGCUCUAGUGACUUUCCCUGUGUUUGUAUGUGUCCGUAUUUGUGUCUUUAUGUCUGUCUCUGUAUGUAUCUUCCUCUGUGUCACUGCAUCUUGUCUUUACGUCUGUGUGUGUGUCUGUGUAUGUCUCCCCGUGUCUAUCUCUGGGUGCCUGUCUCUGUGUCUGUCUCUGUGUGUUUCUCUGUGUAUUUGUGUGUCUCUAUGUGUCUUUGUGUCUAUCUCUGUGUCUUUCUCACUUCUCUUUUGACUAUCUCUCAGCAUGUGUCCGUCUCUGUGUGUCAUUGUGUCUGUGUCUGUGUGUCUUUGUGUCUGUCUCUGUGUGUCUUUGUGUCUGUCUCUGUGUGUAUUUGUGUUUGUCUCUGUGUGUCUGUCUCUGUGUGUCGUUGUGUCUGUCUCUGUGUGUCGUUGUGUCUGUCUCUGUGUGUCUGUCUCUGUCUGUCUCUGUCGUUGUCUCUGUGUGUCUUUGUGUCUGUCUCUGUGUGUCUUUGUGUCUGUCUAUGUGUGUCUGUGUGUCUGUCUCUGUGUGUCUGUCUGUCUCUGUGUGUCUUUGUGUCUGUCUCUGUGUGUCUUUGUGUCUGUCUGUCUCUGUGUGUCUGUCUGUCUCUUGUGUCUGUCUCUGUGUGUCUUUGUGUCUGUCUCUGUGUGUCUUUGUGUUUGUCUCUGUGUCUUUGUGUCUGUCUGUCUAUGUGUGUCUUUGUGUCUGUCUCUGUGUGUCUUUGUGUAUGUCUCUGUGUGUCUGUCUCUGUGUGUCGUUGUGUCUGUCUCUGUGUGUCGUGUCUGUCUCUGUGUGUCUGUCUCUGUCUGUCUCUGUCGUUGUGUCUCUGUGUGUCUUUGUGUCUGUCUCUGUGUGUCUUUGUGUCUGUCUCUGUGUGUCUGUCUGUCUCUGUGUGUCUUUGUGUCUGUCUCUGUGUGUCUUUGUGUCUGUCUGUCUCUGUGUGUCUGUCUGUCUCUUGUGUCUGUCUCUGUGUGUCUUUGUGUCUGUCUCUGUGUGUCUUUGUGUCUGUCUGUCUAUGUGUGUCUUUGUGUGUGUCUUUGUGUCUCUGUGUCUGUCUCUGUGUGUCUUUGUGUGUCUUUGUGUCUGUUUCUGUGUGUCUUUGUAUCUGUCUCUGUGUGUCUGUCUACCUCUGUGUGUCUUUGUGUCUUUGUGACUGUCUCUGUGUGUCUGUCUGUCUCUGUGUGUCUUUGUGUCUGUCUCUGUGUGUCUGUCUCUGUGUGUAUUUGUGUCUGUCUCUGUGUGUCUUUGUGGGCCUCUGUCUCUGUGUGUCUUUGUGUCUGUCUCUGUGUGUCUUUGUGUCUGUUUCUGUGUGUAUUUGUGUCUGUCUCUGUGUGUCUUUGUGUCUUUGUGACUAUCUCUGUGUGUCUUUGUGUCUGUCUCUGUGUGUCUUUGUGUCUGUCUCUGUGUGUCUUUGUGUCUGUCUGUCUUUGUGUGUCUUUGUGUGUGUCUUUGUGUCUCUGUGUGUCUGUCUCUGUGUGUCUUUGUGUCUGUCUCUGUGUGUCUUUGUGUCUGUCUCUCUGUGUGUCUGUCUGUCACUGUGUGUCUUUGUGUCUGUCUCUGUGUGUCUUUGUGUCUGUCUGUCUCUGUGUGUCUGUCUGUCUGUGUGUCUGUCUGUCUCUGUGUCUGUCUCUGUGUGUCUUUGUGUCUGUCUGUCUAUGUGUGUCUUUGUGUGUGUCUUUGUGUCUCUGUGUGUUUGUCUCUGUGUGUCUUUGUGUUUGUCUCUGUGUGUCUUUGUGUCUGUCUCUGUGUGUCUUUGUAUCUGUCUCUGUGUGUCUUUGUGUAUCUGUGUGUCUGUCUCUGUGUGUCGUUGUGUCUGUUUCUGUGUGUCUUUGUAUCUGUCUCUGUGUGUCUGUCUAUCUCUGUGUGUCUUUGUGUCUUUGUGACUGUCUCUGUGUGUCUGUCUGUCUCUGUGUGUCUCUGUGUGUCUGUCUCUGUGUGUCUUUGUGUCUGUCUCUGUGUGUCUGUCUCUGUGUGUAUUUGUGUCUGUCUCUGUGUGUCUUUGUGGGCCUCUGUCUCUGUGUGUCUUUGUGUCUGUCUCUGUGUGUCUUUGUGUCUGUUUCUGUGUGUAUUUGUGUCCGUCUCUGUGUGUCUUUGUGGGUCUCUGUCUCUGUGUGUCUUUGUGUCUGUCUCUGUUUGUCUUUGUGUCUGUCUCUGUUUGUCUUUGUGUCUGUCUCUGUGUGUCUUUGUGUCUGUAUGUCUAUGUGUGUCUUUGUGUCUGUCUCUGUGUGUCUUUGUGUCUGUCUCUGUGUGUCUUUGUGGGUUUCUGUCUCUGUGUGUCUUUGUGUGUCUGUCUCUGUGCGUCUUUGUGUCUGUCUCUGUCUGUUUUUGUGUCUGUCUGUCUUUGUGGGUCUCUGUCUCUGUGUGUAUUUGUGGGUCUCUGUCUCUGUGUGUUUUUGUGUCUGUCUCUGUGUGUCUUUGUGUCUGUCUCUGUAUGUCUUUGUGUCUGUCUGUCUCUGUGUGUUGAUCUCUGUUAUGUUUACCAUUGUUUUGUGUCUGUCCGUUUCUGUGUGUCUCUGUUAUCGUGUGUGCAUGUCUCCAUCUGUAUGCUUCUGGGUCUGUGUAUCUUUGUCUCCCUGUGUCUUUCUCUGUCUCUCUGGAUCCCCCUGUUUCAUUACGUUUCUCUCUCCACAUGUCUAUUUUUGUGUUCGUAUUUCUCAUUAUGUGUGUGCCUGUAUCUCUGUAUCUCUCUUUGUGUGUCUCUCUCUGUCUUUCACUACAUCUCGAGUCUCUCUCUGUGUGUAUAUCUCUGGAUCUGCCUCUGUUUUUCUUUGUCUACUAAUGUAUGUGCCUGUGUGUUGUUUCUCUCUGUCUCUCUUUCUCUGUGUCUCUCUGUAUCUUUCUCCACCGUUUUGUCUUUCCCUGCCUCUUCUACGUAUCUAUGUGUCUGCCUUUAGUUAUCUUCGUAUGUAUGUCCCCGUAUGUCUGUCUCUUCUUAUACAUUUCACACCUUUUGUUCUCAGCGUCUCUCUCCACGUCUCUCCUACACAUCUUAGUGUUUCUGCCUCUGUGUCUCUGUUGUCAUUUUCAUAUUUACAUCUUAUUGUUUUGUGUCUUAUCUGUCUAUUUAGCGCUGUCUUUCCCUACACCUCUUCAUGUCUAUUUCUGUUCACGUCUCUGACCGUGUUCCACUCUCUGUGACCAUCUCAAUGUAUCUAUCUACCUGUUAGUCUGCGUGUCUCUCUCUCUUUGUCUAUCUGCGUCCCUCGCUGUGUCUCCAUCUCCCUUCGUGUCGCUGUCUUUCCCUGUCUCUCUGUUUCUCUCCGUGUCUCUGCCUCCACGUAUCUCUGUCCUCGCGCCCGUGUCUCUCCACAUGUUGACGUUGUGCGUGUUUCUGUGCCUCUCUUCGUCGGUGCGUCUCCACGUGUCUGCGCGUCUCUCUGCCUGCGUCUGUCUCUCUGGUCGCUAUCUACGUCUCCGUGGAGUUUGUGUAUGGCCCCGAUAUGUAUCGCUCUUCGUGUCUCCGUGUCUCUGCAUCGUUGUGUUUCUUUGCGUCUCUGCCCCCACUUACCGUCUACCCCUGUCGGCAGAGGGCUCUAUUUAAUAUAUUGAGGUGGCUUGCAAUCGCUCACACACCCCACCCCUCGAAGGACUCACAACCGCUUGGUGUUUAAAACUUAAUGACGUGUGCUCGCUCUUGUCAGACAACACGAGAGGAGAACGCUUUGGUGGUUUCAUGUGUGCGUUUAAUAAGUUAGACUAUGCAGUCUACAACGCAGCCCUGUCUUGCACACUACAACAGUUGAACGUGCAUUCUUUAUAUGGUUUGUGUUAAUGUAAAAUGUUCCAUUGGCAUAAGAUUAUAUGUAACAUUUCUGCCAAUUGCAUGUUUAUCAGUUUGCGUCGUAUACAUGUAAGGACAUAUCUGAGCUAUUUUUUCAGACUUUUUUGAACAUGGAAAUACCGUCUACAUGUGACCAAUGGACAACAACAUGCCUUCAUGAACUGAUGAUAACAGUUCCUAUCACAUUCGGCCAUAACAUACAUGUUACAUAUAUGUUACUGUCAUGCACUACUAAAGAGUGAAUUGUUUUUUUAAUGACUAUCUAUACCAGUCUAUCUCAACAUUAACUCAAUGGCCAAUUCUGAAGCCAAAUAAUUAUUUACAGUAAUGUGAUGACAAGUCACAUUAGGAUGAUAAAUGUAAACAUGGCUUUGUAGACGCCUUAAAUUUAUUGGUUUUGUGUAACCGAGUCCUCUGCAUAUUCAACUGUAAUCUGAGCUGAAAUUCAACCUUUCUGGGGAGCCUUGAUGCAUUAGUUAAGUAUUGCAUAGUAGCAUUUUCUGAUAACCCAUCGCCCUUUAUGGCUCUCGCCAUGUAUUAUCAUUUAUUGAUGUAUAUUGCGAGCGGUACACGGUAAUAUUAACUGGGCUCUUGAGCUGGUCCGCGUGUAUCAGCAGGUGAUCUGUACUUUGUGAAGAUGAGAUGAGAUGGUGUUAUUGAGCUUCUGCAGUUCCUUAAAUGUAGCUCUCCGACAAAGGUACUCUUAUUUUUGAAUUGGUGCUGUAUAUUGUAUCGUGUACGAGGUUCUUGAAAAUCGAAAUGCAGAGGUCUUGUGCGUACACGGAGCUGCCACGGUGGCUAAACGAAUGUGGACGUGCGUUUGGAGGGCAUUGCGUGGGUAAGAUGUAUAGGAGCUUGUUACAUAAAUAUGUAAACUAUACUAUAGAGCAAACUACACUCCCCAUUUCUGCAAAAUUACAUGCAAAAAGCAACUAACUUCAACGACGAACUUUUCCCACCACAAGAGCAGAGACUGGCAUCUUCAAAAUGCGACGUGGAAGGGGGGGGGGAUGGAGAAACGUGGAAGAAGAAGAGAAAACAAGUCUCAGCAAUGCAUUGGAUGCAACGGCAGUGGCGAUGACGGAGCCUGUGUCCUGCAGAGGAUAGAGAAUGGCUUUUGGUGAAGAAUAUGCAGAGGUGACGAUGACUUAUUUGGGCUGCUGUAUUGGUAAACGGGUGUAUAUUAUUACCUAUAAGGCAUUUCUAACGUCCUUCGAGUGUGACUGGUGCAAGCUGGUGCCGUUGCUUUUAUAUAAGUGCUUCGUGGUGUUUUGUGCAAUACCGUAUGUGGCUUUAAAUGAUUCUCAAACUG